AUGAAUAAUAAUUAUCAAUUUGUGGGAAUGUCUUAUACUUAAGGGUCUUCAAUAAACCAGAGUCAAUUAAGCCAUUCAUUUGCCAGAUUUCCACUAUAAAGUUCAAUAAUGAGCGUUGAAGAGUAGAGUCCACAAUUUGCUCAAUUAGCUUAAAGCCAAAUCUACAUCCAAGAGAAUUCGCGCUUUCUAGAGGAGGAGAAUCACAAACACUUAAAUCAAAUGAUCCAAUAACCCUAAAAAUAGUUAGAAUAAUAAGCAGGACACAAGAGGAUGAGUUCAUGGCAAUAAUAAAAAUCACCUCAAUAAUAGUCCCAAAGUAAAUCUCUAUGCGCAUCGCCCUUAAGACAGCAAUAUCGAUAAGAGGAACCUUAAAUGUACUAUCAUUAACCCUAUCAACCUUGUCCUUGUGAAUUAGAAUAAUUAUGGCAAGAAUUCUUACAAAUGAGAAUGAUGUAGAGAUAAUUCAGAAGACAAACUCAGUAGUGUUGUCAUCACCAAAGAGGCCAUUUCAUGCCUUAUUGA